AUGAAGGUACUCGUGGCAGUCGCUCUUUUCGCCUUCGUGGCUGUACAGUUAAGCCAUGCCGCUCCCGCUCCUGAGGAGGAGAAGAAAGCGGAGCCGGCAGCCGUCAAGGAAGCCGAACCAGCUGCUGCUGCACCAGCAGCUCCUGUCGCAGAAGUAAAAUCAGCGGUUCCUGCUGCUGAUGCAGCGGCGCCGGCAGCAGCAGCGGUUACGGUGGAAAGCACCAAACCAGCCGAAGAGAAGAAAGCUUAG